AACACCGAAAAGAGAACAACUGUCUGCUGCCGUGGCCUCCCCACUCAUUCAAAAUUUCAAAGCGUGGAAGCCUUCCAUUUUGUCCUUCCCAUCAACUUCUUCCCACCAGCGGAUCUCGCCAGUGCUCCAGAAAGUUUUCUCGAUUGGGUUUCUGUUCUCUCAAAUCGUUACCGGGUAAAUUUUGAAGAGAUUUGAGCAUGUUUUAUGAAGUGGAAUUGCUCAGGGAAGUGGCUGUCCUUCCUGAAAAUCUAGACCAAGACAGACUUGUAUCUACAAGGACCGUUGUAACACGGCUUUUGGAGGAUUUGUUAAGGGAGAAGGCAGACAAGGAUCUUGGAUACUUUCUCGCGGUCACUGGCUUAAAGAGGAUUGGGAAAGGAGAAGUUGUAGACACCUCAGGAGACGUGUUCUUCCCUGUAGUAUUCAAUUGUCGCAUGUUCCUACCUUGCAAGGGAGAGAUCAUGGAAGGAGUCGUUCAUCACAUAUACAGGCUUGGGGUUUUCUUGCGAUGUGGACCUAUUAAUUACGUUUUUCUCUCCGCUCGGAAAAUGCCAAACUUCCGCUAUGUUGCUGGCGAAAGUCCAGUUUUCUUGAACGACGACCUUGCAAAGAUAGAGAAGGAUGUUGUAAUUCGUUUCAAUGUGCUGGGAGUCAGAUGGAUAGAGAUUAGGGAUGAUAUAAGAAAGGAGUUUGUGAUGCUUGCCAGUUUAGAGGGCGAUUCGCUUGGUCCCCUUACGUUACCUGGUCCUGAUGGACUGGAUUUGUAAUUUUUCCAAAUAAUGAAGGUUUCUUCUGUAAAUUAACUUGUGGGAAAUCAAUCUGGAUUUCUUUUGUUGUGGAAAUGAGAUUAUCAAAAUCAUUUGUUUCA